UGUGUGGAGGAGGAGAGGAGGGUUUUAUGUGCAUGAUGUAGCUGCACUGACGCGUGCUGCUUGUUGUCUGUUGUCUGUUUUGUGCCCUGAGUGGUUGCUGUCGAGUCAUAAGGAAGUAAAUGCUGCGUGAUUGCUUUAAUGGCCACAUGGAUCCCAGUGAGCAUGCUGAUGGGCAUUUACAGGGAAUGAAACUUGUAGUAGAAACCAGACAAACAGUGAAUAGGUGAAACAGAGAGGACAACAAAGAGGAGUGAUGAAGCUUUUUCAAUCAAAUGCUUGAUGGCUUGGUUUUAUCAUUGUCUUCUGGUGAGUGGCUUGUUGAUGAGUGAUUACUCAUUGAAACUGCCUAACAAUGCCGGGUGGAAACCCCCCUCACUCACAUUGCCACCUAUUGUUUUCCUUGAGUACCUAAAUUGCAUUUUCAAAGGUGUGUGAGAGAUUUUAUCACUUUUCAUUCAACAUGAUCUGGCUUCAGUAAACCUUAAAAAAAACCCUCAGUUGUCCUGAAUUUGCAGCUGCAAUUCUAACAAAAAAGCCAGAAAACACAAAGAUGAUUGCUGCAUGACUUUGUCAGCUAUGGUACACCUCUUGAUCUUUCCUCACCACAACCGCUUCCUGUGUCACUGGUAUGAAUGUACUUCUAAUGCAGGAUGCUAAAAGCAGACGCUUAGCAUUGCAUUGCAUGGCUUUCUCACAGAAUUAGACAAACCUCUCCAUCUGACACCUGCUUAGUGUGCCGUGCUAGAUGGUCUGUUAGCUGGACAGCAUUUGAAGACUUCAGACAUGGUGGAAGAGAGGAUGGGGGACUGUUGGAGUUACACCAAGGAUCAGUUUGACAACUUGGAGAAGCACACACAGUGGGGGAUCGAAUUUGUGGAGAAGUACACCAAAUUUGUCAAGGAGAGAUCAGAGAUUGAAACCAACUAUGCAAAACAAAUUAGGAAUUUAUCAAAGAAAUAUCAACCCAAGAAGAACUCACGAGAAGAGGAGGAGAGCAAGUACACCUUCUGUCGAGCCUUCCUGAUGACACUUAAUGAGUUGAAUGACUACGCAGGUCAACAUGAGGUUAUAGCGGAGAACUUAACGUCUCAAAUCAUCGCCGACCUGACGCGCUACCUGGGGGAACUGAAGUCUGAGAGAAAAUCGCACUUCCAUGAUGGGCGUAAGGCACAGCAGCACAUCGAGAGCUCGUGGAAACAGCUGGAGUCGUGUAAAAGAAGAUUUGAGAGGGACUGCAAAGAAGCAGACAGAGCACAGCAAUACUUUGAGAAGAUGGACGCUGACAUUAACGUGACUAAGGCUGACGUGGAAAAGGCGCGGCAGCAGGCUCAGAUGAGGCACCAGAUGGCGACUGACAGUAAGGGCGAUUACUCCUCCUACCUGCAAAAGUUCAACCAGGAGCAGAAUGAACAUUACUACACAGUUAUUCCCAACAUAUUCCAGAAACUUCAGGACAUGGAGGAGAGAAGAAUCGAGAGGAUAGGAGUGUGCAUGAAGACAUUUGCAGACGUGGACCGCCAAGUGUUGCCCAUCGUGGGGAAGUGUUUAGACGGCAUGACGAAAGCUGCUGAGUCCAUCGAGCCCAAAACAGACUCGAAGCAGGUGGUGGAGUCCUAUAAGUCCGGCUUCGAGCCCCCGGGAGAUGUGGAGUUCGAGGACUACGGCCAGGCCAUGAAGAGGACGGCGUCUGACACCAGCCUGUCCAACUCCAGAGAUGGCAAAGAGAAGCCUGCUGGCAAGACCAAGGGCAAACUGUGGCCUUUCAUUAAGAACAAGAACAAGCUUAUGUCCCUGUUAACGUCCCCCCACCAGCCUCCCCCUGCCCCCCCAGCCUCACCCCCGCCCUCACCCUCUGCUGUUCCCAACGACCCCCAGUCUCCCAAGCAGCACAAGGAGCCCCUCUCCCACCGCCUCAACGACUUCAUGACCUCCAAACCCAAAAUGCACUGCCUCCGGAGCCUGAGGCGAGGGCUUUCUCUCAAGCUGAUCACACUCAAUUCCCACGUCCGGAAUCUCAUUGAGGGUUCUGGACCAGAGGACUUCAGUCACCUACCACCAGAGCAGAGGAGGAAGAAGCUCCAGGGCAAACUUGAUGAACUGAAUAAGGACAUUCAAAAAGAGACGGACCAGAGGGACGCUCUCACUAAGAUGAAAGACGUGUAUGUGAAGAACCCUCAGAUGGGAGACCCAGCCAGCGUGGACCCCCGGCUAUCAGAAAUAGGCCAGAACAUCGAGAAGCUCCAGUUUGAAGUGCAGAAAUUCGAGGGCUGGUUAGCAGAAGUGGAGGAGAGGAUGCCAUCGAAGAGUGAUUCACACCGGAGAAGUGGACUCUAUGAGACCCAGAAUAACACAACAGUGAGCAACAACUGUGCGCAGGACAGAGAGAGCCCGGAUGGCAGCUACACUGAGGAGCAGAAUUCAGAGACUCAGGUCAAAGCCAACCCCGCCCCCGCCCCCGGCCCCGCCCCCAACCCCACCUCCAGCACGCCGGAGUUUGACGAUGAGUUCGACGACGAGGAGACCCUGCCCACCAUCGGCACCUGCAAAGCCUUGUACCCCUUUGAAGGUCACAACGAGGGCACUAUCUCUGUGGCCGAGGGCGAGCUGCUGUACGUCAUAGAGGAGGACAAAGGAGACGGCUGGACACGAGUGCGGAGGAACGAGGAUGAGGAGGGAUACGUCCCCACAUCCUACGUUGAGGUCUUUUUGGAAACAAAUGCCAAAGGUGCUAUGACAUACAUUUAACUCAGCAAGUUUGUGAUAUGACAGUUUUUGUUACCGUAAGUUUCCAUUCAUGUGCUAAACGAGUGGGGCAAGUUACAGAGAUUAUUGAUUGUCGCUGGUAGCUCAGACACACACACAUUUCCUGUCUCUCCUGAAGGAAGGACCAAUCACAUUUGUCCAUUGUGCCUCAUGACAGUUGGGACAGUUGUUGGCGGAUCUAGACUGCUCUCGAGCUUUGAACAAAACAUUUGUUGACAAGGAAGUACACUGAAUGUGAGCUGAGCCUGUAUCUGGAGUGUGUUAAAGAAGCUUUCAGUUCCUCGAAUUGCGUUCCCUGCAGUGCCACCUAGUGGUCGUACAAAAUAAGAUCUGACACCCCAGUCACAGCUCAGCAUCGUGGGACAAAUCAGCUGCUGACAACCUGAUUUUCUUUUAAAUUAUUUGUUGUUAGGAUUUAAAAUGCCAGAUUGAUACAUUUCACUCGAAUAGAUUUUAAUCAAUCAUCUUUGGUCAGAUAUCUAAAUCGGUGAUAAAUCGAUUGUACCACAUUCGAAGUGACAAAGAGCAUCAAGUGAAAGUUAAAUCAUUGCACAACUUCUUGUGUUUUGGUCACUUGUUGUACCUAAAAGGAAAGCAUGCUCGAUGUGCAAUCAUGUAAUUUAAACCUGGUGUAAAAUAUGAAUACAUAUGAAGAGAUAUUUUUGUAGGCUAAACUGAAAUAAAAGAAAGAUGGUGGCCCCGCCCCUCAAGUGUUGCAUGCUGUACAUUGAUGAUAGUGCUGUUACAGCAAGUAAUUAUUCUCCCCUGUAGGGGUGAGUUUUAUAAAAAUUAUUGAUCAAAUUAGUGGCAGUAUUAGCCCCCUUUUUGAAAUGAUGUUUUUUCCUUUUUAAUUCACUUUUGAUAACGAUGGUGUUGGGCUGUUCUGGUCCUUUUUUCCAGGCCAGUGGUAAAGGAAUAAAGGACUGAGAAUUAGCCGUACUAAGCUAUAUAUGGUGAGACUGGGCUGAGAUAUGGAGCUGGUCAUGACUUUAAGCUUUGUGGUUUCUUGCAUGAGUCUCUGAGUGAAUGCUCCGUUCACUGUAAACGCAUGGUGUGUCUGUUCUCUGUGUCAUUUCAUUUCACUGUUACAAUAUGCUUUUCAAGAUUGGCCUCGACUCACAAAUCACGUCUUUCAUGAAUCGUCACAGACUUCGACUUCCUUUGACAAUUUGUAAUCAGCUUUGAUGGCGUGUUAGUAGCGCAGCAUGGGGUUCUUCUCUGCGGGGUGUCAUUUUACACCUCCUGUAAUUUUUUUACUGGAAAAAGCAUUUCACAUGUGGUGCAUGCAGCAGCGUCAGUGGGAGGUUUGUCAUGACAGGAUUUCAGCAUGUUGUGACAAAGUAAACAGGCUGCAUUCUAACAUGCAUUUGGAUGAUAACUAAAGCGAGUCUUUGUUAAACAUUUUCCAGUCGUACUUGAUGUGCAGAUGACAUUCAUCCCGACUCCACAGUGUUGUCAGUUUAAAGUACUUUCACAUAGGCAAUGACCUCCUCUCCAUAUCUGAAUAUUUGGGUUGCUGUCUUGUCCUCGUUUUCCAUAAAGCUAACUUUCCUUUUUGUCAUUUUUUUUUUGUUUUGUUUGUUUGUAUUUCCUUUUUGAAUUGCAGAUUCCUAAAAGUGUGAGGCUGGCUGAGGAAUGGCAGGGCAAGCAGCCUCGGAGAAACCACCAUGUUCCUCACACGCUCACAGAGUCAGAGAGAGAAAAGUGAAAGAUGACCUGAAUCUAAAAGUGAGACAGAGAGAGAGAGAGAGAGAGAGACGGCCGAUUAGAACGCAGCUGAAUUUUCCAAACGAAAAAAAAACGAAACAAACAUAACUUAUCGGCAGCGUUGCGCUUCCUCUGCGACAAUAAGAGACAUCAUCUAAAUUCUAGCGCUCAUAACUUUUUCCAUUCUUAACACCCAUUCAAGCAGUCGCAGUACACGAUUUGCUUCAUGUUGUUUUUCAGCAGAGCUUCGCUUCUUAAUGUGACUAACUGCGCUUGCACCACGCGGCCAUGAACGAGGCUGUUGGCUUCCUCAGCGCCCCGCCCCUUCCUUGGCUCUCUUUACCCUACCUUUGCCCCGUGACACACACACACACACACACACACACACACACGGCAGAGGGUGUGGUCAGAGACAGGAUGGAGACCAGCAGGAGCCUUCGGACAAAACACCAGCUGGAUGAAGCCGUGUGUCUGUGAGGGUCAUAAAUCCACUCAUUGACUCGAGAGAGAGAGAGAACCAUCCACCUACGAGGCUGCCAGAGCCUCAGCUUCACCCCUCUCACUAAAAUCAGCUCCGCAUUUGCAGGUUUCAGCCAACCGGAAACAGAAGAAGUGAAGGUGCUAAUCAUCUGUCUCCGUGUUCACUGCUUUUCUGGUUUGUUUGAUCUGAAUGAGCCUUCUGUGUUAUAAUGAAGUCCACUUCUCUCCACCAUGAUCACUCCCACAUUCACAUCCAGGGCCGGCUGGAGGGGAAAAAGCGAUGGAUGAUUGAAGGGGGGGGGAUUAAUCAUCCACCAUCACUCAUGUCUUGUCACUGGUGUCUGCUCCUCUCUCUGACCACACCCCCUCCUCACCUCCACGGCCCUCCCCCCUCCUCAGGCGGCACAGGCUAUCCCUUGGCUGCUUUGAGCCCCUUCCCCCCCCCUUUUUUUUUUUUGGUUAUUUUUUUUGCAACAGCUCGGGGCGGGGGUCUCUCAGCGUUGUGGUGUGCUGCAUGCUUGCCCUGUCUUCCUCCUCGCCCCUCUGCUGGCGGCUCAGAGGAGGCGGUGGGGUGUUAAGUCAGCUUACGCUCCCUGCCUCCAGCCUUCCUGUUCAGUUAACCCUCAUUGCCUGGUCAUACUGUUCAAAUUAACCUGAAUGCUACUGUUUGGGUUCGGUGCCUGUGUUUCUUUUUUUUUUCUUUUUUUUCUUUUUUAAUAUUUCUCUUUUUUCUGUUGUUGGUUCAGAAAGCAUGUUUCCCUGUUUUUAACAGCAAGUGUGAUCUCCUCCUCCCAGUGUUCCCAACAUAAUCACAAAACAGUGACGGAUAAUAGGGACCCGAGAUGUUGUUUUUCUGGACGAUCUUAUGCAUUAGAUAGGUCGUGGAUGUCUUGUGCAUUUGUUUUACUGUAAGUACAGUAUGUAUGUAAAAAAAAAAACUGUUAGUUUGGUAUGUUUGAUCAGAGUGUCUAACGCAAGUUGUUGUUAGUUUACAGUUAAUCCUCGUGGAAAUGUCUCCACUUGGUCCAAGCAACCCAAAAAUAUGAGGAUAUCAUUUACAUCUUAUUUUUUUAAGAUGGUCCACCUACUGUCUACUGUAUAUGAAAAUAUACUGUGAUCCACAUCUUUCCUGUGAUUUGAAAUGUGACAACGUGCAGAUCAUCACCUGUUCUGGGCCUUAACCGGGUUUCUGUUCUCACUGAGAGAGAGAAUGAUGCUGAAGUUAGCUGUGGUAACGUGGGAGGAUUAAGAUGUGAUUAUUUUGGAGGGAGGGGGGCAAAUUUUUUGUUUUUAUAAUCAAGAAAUUGUCAAACUAGAGAAAUGAUGUCCACUGAUUCCCCCUGCUCAAUGGCACAUAAUGAUUUUAACAUUUUUGUUUUAUAUUUGAUGAUGUUGAGUGGAGAUUCUUCUUCUUUUUCUUUUUUUUUUUUAAGCUGGAAAGUUGUUGCUUCUUCUACCUGAAUGGGACUAAAAUCCCGUAACUGCAAAUAUGAGUAACAUUUACACUGUUGUGUGUUUUGGAUGAAGCCAUUGUUGAAUAUUCAUCUAACGCAGAAUUUUACGAACACUUCCCACACGGAGGGACGAUGGACGUCAUGAUCAUUUAGACUCUUGAUGGAAGGAAUGAUCGAAUCCCUGCUGAAGUUUGAAAGUAACGCUUCCCCCCCGUCAUCGCUUCACAUUGUCAAGAUGUCAGACAAGCCGCUUUUGUUUGUUAAAUUGUUUCUGAGUGAUGAAUGACGAGAUAAAUCCGAUGAGGCAAAAAUCAACAGCAGCAGUAGCUUUCCAGUAGCCAUCUGCCUGCCAGUGCUCUGAAAUGAGAAAACCACAAACCUUCUAGUCGAUGCCCCAGAGUAACCUGCCUGUACAGUGGAAAUGAAACGGCGUGUCGGAAUUAGAGAGAAUAUAUAUGAAUAUAUAAAUAAAGUUUAAAAAGGAAAACAUCUAUUUUAACUAUUGAGAGUCUUACCAUUACUUUAUCUGCUUUGCAAAGUAAGACUUCUUUUCCUUUGUAAGGUCUACCAAAUGGUGUGUUUUGCACUUUUUCGUUGUGUUCCAUUUGGUAGCCCAUGCUUGUGUUUUGGAGCACUGAAUACUUUGUAUUGUGUUUACUGUGCCAAUUAAAUAUGCCUGGAAAGUAAA